AUGCACUACCGACCACGCCGGGUAUCAGAUAUCCCACAAUGGGAUUCAUGUCAGUUUGGCUCAAAUUACAAAGGUAUCUGGGAGUUAUUUGACCUUCACGUUCUCACGGACGGGCGAAGAAUCAGUACCGGGGAUGCAGCGAAAAAUUUGGUUCAAAUAGUCGGGAAACACAUUCGGUUCUCUUCGACAGACGCUCCCCCAGCCGGGCUAAAUGUCACACUGCAAUGCGUGCACGAGAUCAGUGAGACCAUUCGUGACUGGUUCAUAGUGAGAACAGUGAAUCAGUUGAACGGGUGUCGUCCACGAGAUUUGUGCUUGGAAUUAUACCAAAGCGAAGUGCGCAGCAACUUCGUUGAAAAGAACACGAACACCCUGCAGUUUCGGUUAUCCCAAAGCCAAAAACAGGGCACGCAGGUGAAAUCUUUGUGUGACUUUCGCUCAAUCGCCUAUCCGUCCAGGGCCAUUCAAACCAAGAUACUGAUCAAACAGGCCGAGGAUCCUGGCCCGGCUGAUAUUUUGAAACGUGUGUUGUACAAUCACGUUACCGAACAAUAG